AACAUUCAGCUGAGAAAUAUGGCGCCUGUACGGUUCAUCACUUAUUUCUGCAUAUUUUAUAUGAUUAUUUGAUAACUUCCAGAGGUAGUAGUUGAGCACGAUAUCAAGAAUUAUUUGUACUAGAAGAUGUUCGUAGUGAAAAGUAUCGCAGCGGAUCAUAAAGAUCUCAUUCACGAUGUUUCUUAUGACUUUCAUGGUCGGAGGAUGGCGACGUGCUCCAGUGAUCAAAGUGUCAAGGUCUGGGAUAAAGAUGACAGCGGAGAAUGGCACUGCACUGCUAGCUGGAAGACUCAUAGUGGAUCCGUGUGGAGAGUGACAUGGGCGCACCCUGAGUUUGGUCAGGUGUUGGCGUCUUGCUCAUUUGACCGCACUGCAGCCGUAUGGGAGGAAAUAGUCGGCGAAUCCAAUGACAAACAGCGAGGUCAAAGUCACUGGAUAAAGAGAACCACGCUGGUGGACAGCCGGACAUCAGUAACUGAUGUGAAGUUUGCACCGAAGCACAUGGGUCUGAUGUUGACCACCUGCUCUGCAGAUGGUGUGGUGCGCAUCUACGAAGCGCCUGAUGUGAUGAACCUCAGUCAGUGGUCCUUACAGCACGAGAUCUCCUGCAAGCUCUCCUGUUCCUGCAUCUCCUGGAACCCAUCCAGCUCUCGAGCUCAUCCUCCAAUGAUAGCCGUGGGGAGCGACGACAGCAAUGUGACGUACGGUGGCAAAGUGCAAAUCUAUGAGUAUAAUGAAAACACCAGGAAAUAUGCCAAAGCGGAGACGUUGGUGACUGUAACUGAUCCCGUUCAUGACGUCGCCUUUGCUCCUAAUCUCGGAAGAUCCUUCCACGUGUUGGCAAUCGCAACCAAAGAUGUCCGCAUUUUCAAACUCGUACCACUUAGGAGAGAGAGCACCAGCAGCUCUGCUCCUACUAAGUUUGAGGUGCAGGUGAUGGCUCAGUUUGACAGUCAUAACUCGCAGGUGUGGCGCGUCAGCUGGAACAUCACCAGCACUCUGCUGGCUUCCUCUGGAGACGACGGCUGUGUGAGACUCUGGAAAGCCAAUUACAUGGACAACUGGAAGUGCACAGGGAUCCUUAGAGGAGACGGGAGUCCGGUGAACGGUUUUGGACACGCGGCUGCUCUUAAUGCGGUGGGGGUGUCUGCGGCGGGUCAGCUGCUUGUCGGGGCAGCUUCUGCUGGCAGAAAGAAAGCACAGCUGAUGCCUGGCUAAUGGCGUAAUGUGCUGCUUGCUGCAUGCACAGGAUUGGACAGACUGACCCCUCACCUGCACUGUGUGUGACACCUGUACGCUCAUCCAACUACUAAUCCAACAAGAGUGUGUGUUUUCUUCAGCAAAUUAUGUUUUCUAUAAUUGAACACUAUUUUACUAAACAUGAUAACCCCAGUCUUAAGAUUAUAUGAUGUUGUAACAUGGUUCAGUAUUAUUUAUUUGACAACAGUUGAACUUUUGGUAAUUUCUCAAAACUGAUAAUAAUGUGCGAUGUGCAUACUACCAGGCAAUUUUAUAUCAGGUUUGCAGGAAUGUCAGAAUUAUAUUAUAUAUCGAAAAUGAAGCAUAUUUGUUAUUUUAGUACUUUUCCUAUUGUGACAUUCUCUACCAUAAUUAAUUUAGAUAUAGCUAUUCUAAUUUUUUAAUUAUUUGAGGUGAAAUAAAUAAAUUGCCAAUUAUUUACCAGUAUUUUCAUAUAUUCUGUAUUCUGAACAGUAGAGGUAGGCAUUGAGCGAUAUUCAGGCCUUUUCUGCUUAUGCUGCGUUUAAGAUGCAAGGGUUUAGGAUAUUUCCCACCUCAACCUGGAAAUAAUUUCUGGAACGGCACUGUUUUAUUUUUUAUCAAUACUUGUAAUCUUUUAAUUUUACUACAUACUUCUAAUGUUACUUAAUCCAGCUGUUACUCCCGGGUUCGUGGUUGUCUUGAAUGCAGCAUGAAACCAGUCUUCAGAUAUGCCCCGGCAACGUUUUUUGUCACUAGGCUACCUAGUCUGGGAUAUAUGCACAAAUUGUUUUUAGUUUAAAAAGUAUCUUUUGUGUUGUCCAUAUUAACAUAUCACAAAUUCUUCAUAUUUAUCGUAGUUUAUCAAUCACCGAACCAGUGUAAAAUCAAGGUCUUGUAUAACUGGGUGAAUUUCAUGGGAGGACUGGAUUUAUAGAGAUGCCAAACAUCAAAUCUGUACAUUUAUUAGUUGGAAUUUAGUUGGACAGAUUUUGAAGGAAGUAAUUUAACUUGUCUCGGCGUAAAAUAAACUUUUUCAGUUUGC